GUUUAGAUGUAGGAAAAGAGAAAAUGUGUUUGGAUCAUUGAAAAGGCGGCGUGGAUAACACGAUGAAGGUUGGCGCGUGAAGAUUGAUUCAGUGUAUGAGGGGUGUUCCCGGAUUCAACAACCACGCCCCCUUAGACCAUCGGAAACAGAGGUUCUCUAUAAAUAACCAAAAACCAAUUGAUUUUCUUCUCCUCCCUUCCUUUUCCUUUCUGCAUCAAGAUUUUUCCUUUCUCUUUUCGCUUCAUUUCCUUUCUUCUGUCUUCUUCCCCAUUUCGGGUUCUUGUUUUUCUGCAUUUCGCCACAUUUCUCAGGUAGUACUUCUCCACGGUUUCUUUUCAGAUUGUUAGGAAGAUGACAAGAUGUUUUGUGCUUGAUGGAUCGUGUGCCAAGUGGUAGUGAUAAGAAAACAUUGAAAAAGUGGUUUUUUAUUGAUAAAAGAGUUGGUUAGAGGACAUAAGUGCGCUUUAUUUUUGUGAGUAGCAAGUAAAAUUAUAAACCUAUACAUUUGAAUCAACCUCUAAAUCGGAUCAUAUGGAUCUUAAAUCGAAUCACAACUCUCCCAUACUCACCGACCCUGCGCCUAUCAGCAAGUCUAGGCUCGGUGUGCAUUUGAAUAUGUUGCCCUAUGCAUCUGCUCCAGGAGUUGGUUUCUCGCCAAAUAUGCUUCUAAUACCCAGGAAAAAAACUGGUGUGCUUGAUGAUGUUCGAGCAAGCAGCUGGCUAGAUGCUAUGAAAUCUUCAUCUCCUCCUCCUAAUAGGAUUUCCAAGGACGAUGUGAAUGAGCUCUCAUCAUUGGAUCCGGAUUUUCUGUAUCGCAAUUGGAUGAUUAAGUAUCCAUCAGCACUUGCCUCAUUUGACCAGAUCGUACCGCAUGCAAAAGGAAAGAGAAUAGCACUAUUUUUGGAUUAUGAUGGCACUCUCUCACCAAUUGUAGAUAACCCUGAUGGCGCUUUCAUGUCUGAUGCUAUGCGUGCUACUGUAAAAGAGGCUGCAAAAUAUUUUCCAACGGCUAUAAUUAGUGGAAGAAGUCGUGACAAGGUUUACGAAUUUAUUGGACUGAGCGAACUUCACUAUGCUGGUAGUCAUGGAAUGGACAUCAUGGUCUCUGAUAGACACUCAACUGACGACCAGGGCAAGGAAGUUAUGUUCCAGCCUGCUAGUGAGUUUUUACCUUUGAUAGACGAGGUUUACAAAUCCCUGAUUGAAAUCACCAAGGGGAUUGCUGGAGCAAAAGUUGAAAACAACAAAUUCUGUGUCUCUGUUCAUUAUAGAAAUGUGGAUGAUAAGAACUGGAAUGCUCUUGCGAAUUCUGUUUAUGACCUUUUGGAAGACUACCCCCGCCUGCGUGUCAGUCAUGGUCGAAAGGUUUUAGAAGUGCGACCUGUGAUUAGCUGGGACAAGGGCAAAGCUGUUGCAUUCUUGCUCGAAACUCUAGGACUUAACAAUUGCGAUGAAGUGCUCCCGAUUUACAUAGGAGAUGAUCGCACGGAUGAAGAUGCCUUCCGGGUACUGAAAGAAAGAAAUUGCGGUUAUGGCAUAUUAGUCUCUUCAGUGGCGAAGGAAAGCAGUGCAGCUUACUCUUUGAGAGACCCAUCUGAGGUGAUGGAGUUUCUGAAGUCACUGGUGACAUGGAGGAAGUCAAGUGCUUUAUGAAUAUGAAGAGAGAAUUGGCAGCAUAACAUUAAUUUGAUUGAUAUUAUGAAGGAAUAAUAAUGGUUGGUAUACACAUAAAUAUAGAAAAGGAGGAAGGGGAUAUUAUUUUUGGAGCAGAUUUACAAAGAAGAGGCAGAUUUCAGAGUUGCCCGUUUGUUGUUUCUGCUCAAAGUCAAAGGUCAUUGUUGUGUUUUUUUUGCUUCUUAUUAUUAUUUUUGUUCUUUUUUAAUCUUCAUUUUGUAAAGUCAAGUUGGGUGCAUUAAUUAAAUUAAUAUACUUCACUUACCUUUUCUACUA